AUGGGAGGCACCGCAGGCUGGGAUGAAGCGGCUUGGGGCAUUUUGAAAAUGCUCGAGGAACGCAACGUUUGCAAGGGACAGUUAUUGUCCAUCGAUGCCCACAGUGACAACGGUCUUCCCAUCAUUUCAGCGCACUACGCUGCAGACUUGCAGGACAAUGGCCCUCUGAAGUUAUGUUUUUCUGGCAGGGCAGGAAUCACGGAUUCAUGGGACCAGAUCUGUCGCACAGCAUGCGACGAAGCAAGAGGCAAAGACAUCAUCUCAAUGACGGGUUCUUGCGAGGCCGAUGGCACUUCAGCAUUUUAUGUCUUCUACAAUGCAGAGAUCACAAGGGACCAGGACAAGAUUGAGUACGCGGAAUGCAGUGCUGACUCAUGGAAUGCUGCGGCUCAGGGUCUCAUAAAGAUGCUCUCCAGCAGAGGAGUGAGAGAUGGACAAAUAAUCAAUAUCGAUGCUCACAACAACGGGCCAAAUGAGGCAGCAAUGUUCGCAGCUUUCUUUUGCCGGAGUUGGCCUUCGAAAGGAAACUUGAAUUUGGCCUUUUGGCAGCAGAAUGAGGACAUUCCUUGGGAGAAGAUGUACGAAGGUGUAACCAAGUCUGUCGAAGCAGUUCACAAAGAGCAGCUCCUGGGCAUCACAGGGUCAUGCAACAUGCACAGGCGGGUCAUGUACGCCUUUUGGCAGGUGUCGGCACAGACAAGUACAGUUCAAUACGUGGAGUCCCGCGCUAGCUCAUGGAAUGGGGCUGCUGACGGCCUCAUCAAGAAGUUGAAAGAGGCAGGCGUUCGUCAAGGUCAAGUGUUGAGUAUUGAUGCCCACAACAGCGGCGAAAAUGAGCAGGCCAUUUUCUCGGCACACUACCUGAAGAGUCUGGAGGAUCGGGGUGAGCUAGACAUUGGGUACACCGCUCAGAAUAGCUCCAGCGGUUGGGAGACGUUUUACACGGAAGCCUCACAGCAUGCGGAGGGCAAGGACGUGAUUUCCAUGACUGGAAGUAUCAAUACAUCUGACAGAUCGGUCUUCUACGUCUUCUUCAACAAGGGCACUGAAGAUACAGGGGUUGACAACGUGGAACAUGUUGAGAGUCGAGCGGGGUCGUGGAAUGAGGCAGCUGAUGGCAUCAUAAAGAAGCUCAGGGAGCGCGAAGUUCAGUCAGGCCAGAUUCUAAGCAUCGAUGCCCACAACAAUGGUCGGAACGAGGCUGCCAUCUUCUCUGCGCACUACUCCAAGACCUUGCCAGGCUAUGGAAAGCCCAGGCUGAGGUUCCGAUGCCAGAAUACAGCAGCAAGCUGGGACCACCAGUACCACACAGCUUGCUGGCAGCUGGCCAACAUCCGCACAGCUCCGGAUCAGUUUGUGAGCCUGACGGCAUGUUGCAACGCAGGCGAUCGUUCUGUGACCUAUGUCUUCACGGAUCAUGCAAUAUCAAACGGUUGUCGAAAUCCUGAUAGCCUCGAGGAUUCGGAGUGGUUUGAGCACCGAGCGAGCUCGUGGAAUGCCGCCGCCGACGGAAUCAUAUCAAGGUUGCUGGAGGAAGAUGUUGGCAAAGGACAAGUCUUGAGCAUCGAUGCACACAACAACGGGGAAAACCAGGCAGCCAUCUUCUCUGCACAUGUCUGCCGGAACUUGCCAAGCAAAGGCACCCUAAACAUCGGGUACGUGGCGCAGAACAGCGAUAAGACAUUCACUGAGCUUUACGAACAAGCUUGCAAGGAUGCCAAUGGAAGAGACAUUGUGUCCAUGACUGGCAGCUGCAACACCGACGACAGAGCCGUCUUCUAUGUUUUCUACAACAAGGACAGUCCCUCUGACUUGGACGGAGUGGAGUUUGUGGAGGCAAGCCAGAAGACGUGGUCGGGCGCAGCACGCCAGAUCGUGGAAGCAUUGGAGGAGCAAGGAGUUCAAUCCGGUCAGAUCUUGAGCAUUAAUGCCAUGGUGGAACGAGCAAGUGGUGGAACCCCGACAUUUUCCGCCCAUUACAGCAAGAAGCUGCAGGCCAAAGGGAAACUGCGCUUGCGCUGGGCGGAUCUGAAUUCAGAAGCGCCUUGGGCCCAUUUCUAUGACAAUGCCAUGGAAACCCUCGCUGGGCUUCGGCAGCAACAGUUCCUAUCCUGCACCGCUUCGGCUAGCUCGCCGAACUCCUCAGUCAUGUACGUGUGGUACCAAGACUCGAAAUCUGGGAGCUACGAGAGCGAUGCUCCUUUAAAAAGCUGGAGUCUUGAGGGUGUGUGGCAGCUACAAGCCAAAUCCGGCAAAACCUCCUUCAUUGACCUCAGCGACCCUAAGAACAUCACGCUGCUCGGGGAGGGCGUCAGUGGUUCUUGGUACGACUGCCAGCUGGAUUUUUCUACCAAGCAUCCGAGAUUCGAGGCUAAGUGGGAGGUCACUCCGGAGGGAUCUGCGGCGCGUUCUGGCAAGGUGCAGGGUUGCUUCAGCGGUCCCAAGCGCUUUUCGUAUACCUCAACGCCUGCAAUCAUGGAUGAGAGCUCUCUCGGAGCUGGAUUUGGACUGAAGAUCCUGAACCCAGCUUCUGUGGAUGAGAACUCUGCGAAAAGCAUUGACUUGAAGGAGUUGCAAGAACUGGGUCCGGGCUGCAUGCCCGAGGACCCGACCUACUGGGCCAUUUCCCUGCGACAGCUCCAGCACCUCCGGGCGCUAAUGCGGCAAGAGGGCUUCUUCGUUGGGUACGAGCGUGUGGUGAAUUUCGAGUCUGGUACCAUGAACCUGGAGGUUGACGGGAACCACGUUGUCAGCGCAGUCGGAGACGAGGCAAAAGCGCUGGGUGUCCAAGUUGGGUGGAUAGCAUAUGGCAUCGGUCACGAUCUCUUCUGCGAGGCUAACUUCAUUGAACGGAGUGCAGAUGGGAAGAGCCACAUGAUGUUUUUCCGCGACACUAAGGGCACUUUUGAUGCCAACAUGUAUCAAGUCAAUUUGUCCUAUGUCAAGCCUUUGACCAAAGAUCUGGACAUCAGCCUGGCAUUGCUCUACAACCGCAAGGUAGGUGGGCGCAAGGCCACAGUCUUCAUAUCUCAUGCAUGGGCCGAGAGUUUUCUUUACUUCCUGGCUGUCUUAGAGACGGGCAUUGGUACUCAGCAACCGCUUUCUCUGGAUGAUUACGCGUGGAUUUGCACGUUCGGCGUGAACCAGAACAUGACAGCUGAAGACAUCUCGGGAGCAAUCGCUAGCCCAGCAGACAGUCCUUUUGCUCGAGUGCUUCAAUCAGUUAGCGAGGUAGCUGUCAUUUUCAACGACCGUGUGAAUCUGUAUUCACGUGUAUGGUGCGUGUUCGAGGCCUUCGUAGCGCUGGAGCAAGGUAAGCUGGUCCGUUGUCUUGGCUUGCCUCCUAAUUGGAGAGAUGCAGUUGUCGGAAUCUUGGUGAGCCCAGAGCACGAGUGGGUGCAAAGGAUUACGGGUUUCUGUGAGAGGCACAAGAUGAACGUGUUGGAUGCGACGGCCAGCGUGCAUGAAGACAAGAUAGCAAUCUUGGACGCGUUGCAGGGACAAGAAGAUCAGGUCAACGACCGAACCAACUGCCUGCAAGAGUGGGCGCUUAAGGAUAUCAUCGUGGGUCAAUUCAGUGGGUUGAUGGAUCAAGUAGGCACAUCUGGUGAACUGGAUGAGGAGAUACCCGCAGCUUGA